AUGUCCAAGAAAGCAGGCACUCCUGCUUACGCGCCGGUCUACGUGGAGAGCAAGCUCUUAAAGCUUGACGACGUGUCGGUCGCCCAUGAUUCCGGCCAUCGGGACGUCGAUGAGGAUCGUGUCCUGGAGUUGUAUGAGAAGGUGAUUUUGGCCGGUCGUUGGGGCCAGGCUUCGUUGUCCCGACCGAAGCUGAGGUAUGAUCCUGCUGGUCGUCCUAUGGCCGCAUCUGAUGGCCGGUCGAAGCUGGCAGAUGGCAAGCACUGUAUCGCAGCGUUGAAGAAAGCUGCUGAGACGGUCGCUCAGUCCGAUGAUGCAACGCAGCUCGAGUGGUACACAGGUGAGAUCAAGGACAUUCUGACGGUCGGAAUGCGUUUUGAUUGCAUCAAAUUCUUGGAUGAUGAUGAGGCGGCGGUCAAGCUCUUCUACACCAUGGCCCAUGAGCAGGAGGCCAACAAGUUGCGGACGACGUCGGUCGAGCACAAGAUCAAACUUGUGCGUGCUUAUGUCGCCAAAGACGCCGAGAACGCCAUGGUGGAAAUUUUGGGCAAGUCACGCCGGUCAACAAUCCACAACUGGUGCAAAGCGACUGCAGUGUUAAAAGAGCCGGUCCUGAUCAAGCUGAAGGAGAAGCCCGACCUGCCACAGGGACUUGUUUUCACGAACAAGUACUUCGUCGGUCAAGGAGAAGAGACACGCUUCCUCCUGGAACCCGAGCAGCAGAUUGCUGCUCUGCAGCUUUUCUAUGACUUCUGUGACGGUCGCGGGACGGUCUCUUCCAUACCGACCUUCAUGUCUGACUUUUGUGCCCCAAUGUUGAAGGCACAGUUGUGGUGUCAGUUGGUCAUGAAGAAGUACUCGUCGGUCGUGAGCCGCCUACCAGCGUAUGACCGCUGUCAGAAGAUGCUGUGGAGUGAGCGUGGACGGACGUGCAUGCGUCUUGGCGUCGGUCUGUCUGGUGACCCGAAGAUCGAGGGCAGUGGCAUCCCUGAGUGUGUGUCGGUCCUCCAAGGGUUGAAGAAUCUGGCCGCUGGUCGUGCAGUGGAUGAAGCCGAAAGUGCUGUGGAUGCGGCCAAAGCAACGGUCACAGAGCACAAGCUGGUCGUUGAGGGGGGAGACGACGAGUCUGGGAUCUUGGCUGACGACAGCACGAUGGAGGCCCCACUGGUGGAGAAGGAUCCUGUUCUUGAAAAAGCUGAGGAGCUCGGCUUGUCGGUCCGCUCCAACAUUCAUCUGUUUCAUGACAUGAAGACCUUUGGUGAUGGCUUCGUCGGUCUAUGCCGGGCGACGACCCGUGGCGGCAUUUACAUCGAUGAGGCCACGUCGAAGGCCAAGAUCAUUUUGGGGGACAUGGCAGAGUUGUGGAAGGUCGUCACGUCGGUCGUAGAUCGGCAAUACGUGUCCAUGGGCAUCUUCUGUGGAAAGCGCCACGACUUAGUGACGUUGGUCGUGAACCUUGGAUGGCACAGAGUUCUUUCUAGACUUGUCGGUCGACUGCUGUGCUCAGCUUUGCUUCGGCUCAAGUCCAAAACGGCCGGUCGACCUUCAUGGGUCGAAUCAGUAACAAAAGCCUCGGGCUGA